CUUCUGUUUUACUUAAAAGUAAGUCAGGUCGGACAGUACGCGUUCGAGCUUUAUUAGAUCAAGGAUCGCAAGCUUCCUUUGUAACCGAAUCCGUAGUACAAUUACUUAAGGCUGAACGUAAAAACGUGGACAUUAGCGUUUCAGGUAUAGGCGGGACUAAAGUCGGAAAAAUUAAGGGCCUGGCUUCUUUUACCGCAGAACCAUGCUCAUGUAAGGGUCCUGUCUUACCGAUUAAAGCAUUCGUUAUGCAGAAAUUGACUGCUUAUACACCUUCGUCAGUUAUAAAUGACGAUACGUAUACACAUUUAAAAGCGAUAACGCUCGCCGAUUCAGAACCGUCGGAUAGACGACACGUUGAUUUGUUGAUUGGAACAGACCAUUACGGUGCUAUCCUACGCGACGGUUUAAUACGCGGCCCCUCCGGUGGCCCGAUUGCACAGCUUACAAUCUUCGGAUGGGUAGUCUCAGGACCCGCCCGUAAAGAUUCACGAAACCCUUCGAUGUGUGUCAACCACGUUUCUUCAUCGGACGAUUUAACUGAAGUAUUGAGUAGAUUUUGGGAACUCGAAGAGAUACCGCGACGUCCCAUGCAGUCCGAUGAGGAUUUGCAGUGCGAAGAACACUUCGUAAAAACGCACUCACGAUUACCCGAUGGUCAAUACGUCGUUAAACUGCCGUUCAAAUCAAAACCUCCAAUUCCUAUUGAUACAGAAAAGAUUGCCAAACGUAUAUUUUUGUCUAACGAAAUUCGAGUAUCACGACAACCCGAACUACAACAAGCAUACAAUGACUUUAUGAAAGAAUAUGAAGUGCUUAAUCAUAUGGAAAAGGUACCUAUUCACGACAAAAGCAACAGGCAAAAAAUCUAUUUGCCACAUCAUGCGGUCUUAAAAGAAAGUAGCGCAACUACGAAACUUCGCGUUGUAUUUAACGCCUCGCGAGCUUCUACUAAUGGUUCAACUUUAAAUGAUCAUUUAUUAGUCGGCCCUAAGUUACAAAACGACCUGUUCGCGUUGAUCUUGAGAUGGCGUAGUCAUAAAUUCGUGUAUUCAGCGGACAUAGAAAAAAUGUUUAGACAAAUCCGCGUAUGUCCUUCGAACACGGACUAUCAACGGAUAUUCUGGCGAGCUGACCAUGAAUCCGAUUUACACGCUUAUCGAUUACUAACCGUCAUAUACGGCACGGCGCCAGCUCCAUUCCUAGCUAAUCGCGUUUUAAAACAACUCGCCGUAGACGAAGGAGCGAAAUUUCCUCUGGCAGUCCCCAUUCUUGAAAACGAAAUCUAUGUUGAUGACCUAAUGUUCGGAACAGAAGACCUCGUCAUUCUACGACAAACGCGUACACACCUAACGCAGUUGCUCAAGGCGGGUGGUUUUCGACCAUACAAAUGGGCUAGUAAUGACUCCCGUUUAUUAAAAGACAUUCCGCUUCCGGAUCUCGGACAAGAUAGUGAGAAAAGGUUGGGUGACGAAACGAACAUUAAAGUUCUCGGCAUCGCGAGACACCCUUCCUCUGACUCCUUCAAUAUUAAAGCACAAGUAACGUCGGAAACACGAUUCACGAAAAGAUCGUUCCUCUCCCUCCUCGCUCGAACGUUUGAUCCACUGGGGUGGGUGGCGCCAGUGACCGUUACAGCCAAAAUUUUAAUGCAAGUAUUAUGGCUAAACAAGAUCGAAUGGGACGAUCCCUUACCAGUCGAGCUGUUGCGUCGCUGCCAAAGUUAUCAUUCACAACUUACCGAUUUAAAUAAAAUUUCUAUAUCUCGUUGGACGGGACAAGGGAGCGAUCCACAAGAUAUUGAAAUUCACGGCUUCUCCGAUGCCUCCAACGUUGCAUACGCCGCACAGUGGUCCGGAUCGCGAUAA